AUGUCUCAUUCACCCAGUCUGUCUAAUUUCAGUCAGGCCCUUGCUCGGGAUAAUUUUCGUUGUGUUGUUACUGGUGCCAUUGAUUAUGUAGCAUAUCACAAUAACAAACAGCUCACAGCGGAGGCUUUAGCUCAAGAACUCCAGGUCUUCCACACAGAAGCUGUUCAUAUUUUUCCAGCCUUCACUAACAAAGGUGAGGAUAACCUGAAGCCUGAAUAUGCAGCAAAUGAAUGGACCAUAGUAAACCAUUUUGCAGGCUAUGAUAUCAGCCAAGAACUUGAUGGAAUUCAGAUCCAUUGUCUUGAAAAUAUCUUGACUUUGGCCAUACAUGUGCAACCAUUUUUUGACAGGCUUGCCUUGUGGUUUGAAGAAGACACACAACACACAUAUCAAGUAUGUGGAAACCCUGCAUCUAUAUGCUCAUUUCCUCCUAUUGUGACAUUCACAACUAGUGAUCCUCUUCACUUGCCUUUACCUAGUCCAUACUACCUUGGUAUUCAUGCAGCAUUUUGCAAAGUUGCUAAUCUCUCUGGAGCAACAGACUGUAUUGGAAAUGCUUUUGAGGAUAUGGAAGAAAUAUCAACUCUGGCAUCUGAUGGAUCAUCUGCAGAUACUUUGUACUGUGCUUUGAUUUGUGCACUCCUAGCUAAAUCAGUAUUUUGA